UGGAGCCCCUUCUCCAGCCCGUACCUGGCCGGCGCGGGGCACAAGGAGGGGCGGCGGGGGAGGAGGGCCUGAGAGCAGCCCCCAUGGGCUCCGAGGGGUGGUGCUUGCUGGUCUGCUUGGCUCUCUCCGGGGCAGCAGACGCCGUAGAAAGUCAGUGGCGGGCAGUGGACGUGAUUUUGGACUGCUUCCUGAUGGGGGAAGGUGGGCACCAUGGAGGUUUCGCCAGCCGUGAGAACAUGGUGAAGGCCUUGUUGGUGCUGAAGCAGGUGCCAGUGCCGGACGACGGCUCCCUGGAAGGCCUCACGGAUUUCCAAGGGGGCAUACUGGCCGAGGACGACCCACUCAUUACCUUCGAGGCCUCAGUGAACCUAAUACAGAUUCCCCAGGCUGAGGCCUUGCUCCAUGCCGACUGCAGCGGGAAAGAGGUGACCUGUGAGAUCUCCCGCUAUUUUCUCCAGGCCAGGCCAAAGGCCACGGCGGAGACGGCAGCCUGGUUCAUCACCAACGUGCUAGUGUCUGGAGAGGGACCUAGUAUCUCCAUGGUGAUGAAGACUCUUGGGGACGCUCGGAAUGGGGCUGUCUUGCAUCCCAUGCUGAAACUGCCCCUGAGCCCCCAGGGGACUGUGCGGACUGAAGUGGAGUUCCAGGUGACAACACAGACCCCAUCCCUGAAUCUCCUGCUGGGGUCCUCGGCCUCCCUGCACUGUGGCUUCUCCGUGGCACCAGGCUUGGGCAUCACCAGCGUGGAGUGGCGGCUGCAGCAUAAGGGCAGUGGCCAGCUGGUGUACCUCUGGACCACGGGGCAGGGGCAGGCCAGGCGGGAGGGCGCCACCCUGGAGCCUCAGCAGCUGCUCAUGGCUGGGGACGCCUCCCUCACCCUACCCAGCCUCACCCUGAAGGAUGAGGGGGCCUACGUCUGCCAGAUCACAACCUCCCUGUACCGAGCUCAACAGAUCAUCCGGCUCGACGUCCAAGCUGCCCCCAAAGUACGACUGAGCUUGGCGAGCGAAGCUCUGCCACCCACCCUCGUCUGCAGUGUCACUGGCUAUUACCCUCUGGAUGUGACUGUGACGUGGAUCCGGGAGGAGCUGGGUGGAGCCCCGGCCCCAGUCUCCGGCGCCUCCUACUCCAGCCUCCGGCAGAGCAUGGCAGGCACCUACAGCAUCUCCUCCUCCCUGACGGCAGAGCCUGGCUCUGUGGGUGCCACUUACACCUGCCAAGUCACCCACGUCUCCCUGGAGGAGCCCCUGGGGGCCAACACCUGGGUUGCCCCACCAGGUAUGGGAGUGCCCUCCUUUCCCCACCUCCACACCUGGGCUCACGGCUCCUGCCCUCUGGCCUUGUUCUGCUUCCCACAGCCUCGGCUGCUGCUUUCCCAAGGUGACAGCCUCCAGAGGUCCCACCCCACGUCCUCCGAGACUUUAUUACCCCCCGAGUUCUGGGGUACCAGGCACUGCCGAGAGCUGGAGACCAAGGCUGAACAAUUCCUCGUCCUGCCCUCGAGGAGCUUAGCCCAGCGGGAGGGACAGACGAGGCAGUCAGGGAAGAUGACCGAGGGAGGCCUGCAAGCCUGCUGA